CAGGACGCGGCAGGGGUAAGCGGGGGCCGCGCGGCGUAGUGUUCGGUACUUUCCGGUAGCGCUCGGCAAGGUCCGUCAGCAGCGAUAUCGAUGCGAGUCCAGCUGCAGAUUCUUUAUGUGAGACUAAUUCAUCUUACACUAGCCAUUAUGGAUUUGCCUCAAGCAUUGAGAAAUAAGAAAAACAUAUAUCAUUAUCCAUUGAAGAUAGUCGAACAAGAAUAUAUAGCAGCUACUAAGAGCGUGUUCACCGGCCAAUGCGCAACCUUCCAAGCCGCAAUGAAGCUGACUGUCACCAUUGGCCAAUGCUUCGGCCUCAACCCAGUGCUGGGCAUCAGUGAAAUGGACCCUUCCAAACUUAGGUUCUGUUUUUGUUCAUGGAGGUGUUCCUGCAGCAUCGCCUCCAUCAUAGUGCAGUUGUCUGUGGUAUUUCUGUGUGUAUUGAAGAUGUUCCGACAAUCUGACGCAUCGUUAUCUUCUAACACAUUCUUAGUAUUCAGCAGUACGAACUGCAUGACGACGAUUCUGUUCCUGCGACUGUCGAGAAAAUGGCCGUGGUUGUGUCAACAUAUUGCGAAGACCGAGGCCAUUGACCCCAACAUGGACGCCACCUUGGCGCGAAGAUGUAAUACUUGUUGUAUUGCCAUUCUAACACUCGCAUUAGUCGAGCACUUGCUAUCGGAUCUGUCAUCAGGAGCGGCGAUCAUUGACUGUGACAAUAAAGGUUAUGAAGGCUUCAUCACUAGUAGCUUCCCCUGGAUAUUCUCUGUUUUGCCUUAUAACGAUGUUUUUGGAUUUAUCGCUCAGCUAAUUAACCUCCAAUGCGCAUUCAACUGGAACUUCGCAGACGUGUUUGUGAUAUGCAUAAGUUUGUACUUGACAUCGCGACUGGACCAGGUCAACCGCAGGGUUGAAGCCAUCAAAGGCAAGCAUGUCCCACCAUUGGUAUGGAGAACGAUAAGAGAGGACUACUGCCGAAUCACGAGGCUGGUGAGGCGAGUGGACGAUGCGAUCGGUGAAAUUAUAUUCAUGUCGUUCACAAACAACUUGUUUUUCAUAUGCCUUCAGUUGUUGCAUAUGCUUUCAGAGGGUGUAAGAAGCGCUACUCCAUCGUGUCACCCUGAUGAACCGGACCGCAGGCCUCUCCAAGGCUACGAGCAUGCGAUAUACUUCGUGUUCUCGUUCAUAUUCCUCGUCACGCGAUCGCUUGGUGUAUCUCUGAUGGCAUCAAGGGUGCACACUGCAAGUAAAAAGCCAGCCUUUUCUUUAUACGAUGUGCCAUCUGAAGCGUAUUGUGUUGAGAUCCAAAGAUUUUUGAACCAGAUUCACGGAGAAAUUGUCGCGUUGAGUGGGAUGAAUUUCUUCAAUGUCAAACGUGGAAUAGUUUUGACUAUUGCUGGCACCAUAGUGACAUACGAGCUCGUAUUGAUGCAGUUCACCGGCGUUACACCGACUGCUGCUCCUACCUAAUAAUAAAUUCCCCGUCUUAUUCUUCGCCAAUUGAUUUGUCAUUACUGUAGAUAUUGGCAGCACCUGUCGUAUAAUUUGAUUCCGCAACGUCUGCAGCACAAACAUGCUAGAUAUAUUGAUAUAAAAUAAAUAAAAAAUAAAAUAAAAUGAAUUUAUUGGUAACAAAGACCCAUAAAAUUAUCAAAAUUCAUGUGGCACGAGCAAUUUGAACUUGGAACUCGAUUAGGUUCGCUUCAGUCUUUGUAUCCGUUGAUAUAGUUUACAAAACUGAUCUUUUUCAGAUAUCUAUAAAAAUUAAAUAGCAAUAUGGUUUCUCAAAAUAAUCUGUUUAUUUCAUAAUAAUUACUUAUUAAUUGAAAAUGUGGUGAGCUGAAGUAUCGUGUGCAUUGAACUGAAGUUGUUCCGUUAGGAAUUAAAAACUAUAUAGUCACCUUAUGUCCAGACCAACCUUCUGAAACUUGAAGAUACCUCUUUUUAUACUACCAAAAGGCAAUGGAUGUACUCUAUCUGACAGUAAGCGGUCACCGCAACCUAUGGACACUUGUAACAAUAAGAGUCACAUGCGCGUUCCCGUCUUUGUGCCCUAGGUUGUUCUAUCACUUUUUCCAGACUGGAUAAAAUAAAUCUUCUGUUGAUGAAAGUAUUAACAUUAUACAUAACAAUAGUUAAUACCAGUACAAUGCUUUUUAUUACGGGCUUAUUCGAAGGAUCCGUAAUCACGAAAUUGAUUUACCCUAUGUAAUAAGAAACGAGAAAAUCGCAUUAUACGUAGACGGGGCUUGGACGAAGAAAUCCUACAAUUUCUGAAUAAGGUUAGGUUUUUUGUACAAAGUUAAGGCAGACGUGUGCCAAGAAUGGAUACAGAUUUCAUGGAAUUAACGAAUUUUAUUAUUAUAGCACAAUUGCUGGUCAAAUGAUUGUAGGGAAAAUAGUC